UGUGGUGCAGGCUUUUUCAGGCAGCCGUAUCAAUGGCGUAUAGCAAAAGAAGCUUCAUCCAUUUCAUUGUAAAGUACAUAAAAAUAACAAAUUAAUAUCAAAUAGCUUUGUUACUAUUUGUUUUAACUAGUUUUUUUAUUUUUCUUUUGAUCUCAGUGUUGAAAGCACUGAUUUUCACUUCUGAAUCAGUUUUAAUAAAUUUAUCAUUCUGGCGGGUUCACAGAAAAAAUCUAGCAGGAAAAUGGCUGGAAUUGAUGAGUUGAAAAACAUGGUGAUGACGUUCCGAGUGUCCGAACUGCAGAUGCUGUUGGGAUACGCGGGGCGGAAUAAGUCCGGCCGAAAAACAGAACUCCAGGCUAGAGCCGUUGAACUACUUCGGCUCAAGUCAACCCCCAUCCAGCUCAAGAUAAAAGAACUGUACAAGACCAUUCAGUCGAGCCUGGGAACUGGUCAGCCGCCAGGUGAGCCACCGACGGGCGUCGUGGUGCCGCAGCCGGGUGUGGGUGGGGCAAUGAUGGCCGCCGCCGCCCAGCAGCAGAGAGGCCCCACCCCCCGCAUCGUCGGGGCCCCACCCACCUAUCACAUCUAUCCGCAGCAGAGAGAUGCAAUGUCUAUGUUCCAGCAGCCGCCGAUGUACCAGAGCUACAACCAGAAGGUGGCGCCGACGCCACCCCCUUCCCACCCCCAACACCCCCCCUACCCGGUGCACCCCGAUGUCAGGCUCAAGAAGCUGCCCUUCUACGACCACCUCUGCGAUCUCGUCAGGCCUUCCACUCUCGCACCAAGUUCUUCGAGUCGAAUAAACGACCAACCGUUCCAGUUCCAUUUGUCUCCUUCACAGGCCAACGAUAUAUCCACAUCAAAGAACACAAGCUCAGUACAUAAGAACGAAUACGAUAUUCAGGUUCAAAUGAGGUUUUGUUUGGUAGAAACGUCAUGUGAGCAGGAGGACUGCUUUCCUCCAGGUCUGAUCCUCAAAGUUAAUGGAAAAAUCUGCCCGUUACCAAAUCCGAUCCCGACGAACAAACAGGGUGUGGAGCCGAAGCGGCCGCCGAAGCCGGUGAACAUCACGCCGCUGGUGAAGCUGAGCCCGACGGUGACCAACUCGCUGACGGUGUCGUGGGCCAGCGAGUACGGCCGCACCUAUGCAGCAGCCAUCACCAUGGUGCGCAAGCUCACCUCGGCCCAGCUGCUGCAGCGAUUGCGCAACAAGGGCAUACGCCACGCCGACUUCACCACCGGACUCAUAAAAGAGAAGCUGAGCGAAGACAACGACAUCGAGGUGGCGACGUCGACACUGCGCGUGUCGCUGAUGUGUCCGCUGGGCAAGAUGCGUAUGCAGACGCCAUGUCGGUCGGCCAUCUGCUCGCAUCUGCAGUGCUUCGACGCAUCCGUCUUCCUGCAGAUGAACGAGCGCAAGCCCACCUGGGUCUGUCCCGUCUGCGACAGGCCCUGUCUCUUCGACUCGCUCUCCAUCGACGGAUACUUCCAGGACAUGUUGAACAGCAGCCGACUACCGUCGGACGCGAAGGAGGUGACUCUGCACCAGGAUGGCACCUGGUCGACGCAGGCCGCCGCCAAGCAGGACACAAGAGUGCGCAUGCUCAACUCGCCACUCGCCAUCGACGAGACCAUCUCCGUCGAAAUCGAUGAUGACGAUGAUGGCGAUACUCCGAUGUGCACCAGCAACGAGGGGCCAGCGGCAGGGGUGACUAAGACAGAGACGGCAGACAGAGACAGCAGUGAGCCGCCUCCCAAGCGCAAGGAGGUGUUUGUCGACCUCACGCUCAGUGACUCUGACUCGGAUGACAGUCCUAUGCCUUCCGCUCCCGCCCCUGUCACUGCCGCCUCAUCUGCCUCCGCCCCUGCCUCCGCCCCCGCCGCCUCCUCUGCCCCCGCCCCGGCACCCGCCUACAACCGGCUCUUCUCCACAGAUUCAAACAGCAGUGUAGGUGCUGGGGGCGGACGUAGCUCGGUGACUAGCUCUGGCUACAUCAGUCCAAACAUCAUCAACCUGGACAGUCCAUCGCCUCCCCCCGUGCCUACUACCCCGCCCGUGGGAGGCGUGACGUCAUCUGGUUCCACCCCCGGCCACGCCCCUGGCCAAGCUCCACCAUGCCACGCCCCCUCGCCACACCAGGCCACGCCCCCGCAACCCAGCCUCUACUCGUUACCGUCAUCCAUGUCCAAUUUCUUCGACUUGGAGAGGGACUCCAACAGUCCACUGUUGGCGUGUAUUUGA